AUGGAAAUAUCACUUGGUUAUCAGCCGUUUUUCAGGACUACUAUCAAGGGUUUGGCCAAAGUGAAACUGCAGGGGCAUACCGAACUGCCCAGAGCGAAGGUUUAUCAAACUAUUGCAUCGCAUGCUCUGCGGGAGGGUUCAUUUGAGGAUUACAAAAUGCUCGUCUACAGUGAUCGCAUCCAUUUCGAGAAGAGUCAAGCGGGAUCCUCCUUCCCAGAGAUUCCAUACUCUAGUAUUGCUCGACUUGUUGUAUUGCCCAAUUUCCCCGAUGUCUGCUUUAUUCAUUUUCGACGUAACACAUAUGGAAUGUAUGUGGUUUUCCGAGUUCGGAAAGUGAGUUAUCUUCCAAAAUUGGCGAAGUUCAUUUCAACUUGGAAUGAAGCGAAUACUAGCGAUACGGAGAAUGCUCAAGCACAGCCAACUCAGAAUCUUGGCGGUCCAAAAGUUGAAAAGCAUCCCCGUCUGACUCCAAUAAUUAUCCAAUGCGCCAAACCUCAACACUCGGAAGGGAACGUACCGCGAGGAAAUCAGAGAAGUUCUGUGAAACCUCGGUCUAAGUCUCGAACUCCUGGAGGAUUUGAUUCUGAUGGGCCUUGUGAAUUUGUCUGCAUUAAGCACAACCACAAAGCAGCACCUCCACGUCAAGCAAGAAGCAGGAGUCUUUCGCCACCUCGGGAGCGAUUUCGAAUUCGUGUUCGACGAAAAAGUCACCCAAACUCUAAAAUGAGGAACUAUCGACCACAAUUCAAAUCCCAAAGUGGAAAGUAUACUCUAAUUGUUCCAACUAAAAAGGACAUCGAGCCCCCGAAAGGGUUUAAUAGGGGGGACUCAAAAGAAAAGAGGUCAUCUCAGCGUGGGCGUGUUAUUUUAGCGAAGGCAAGUGAGACCGAUUCGCAGUCUUCAUCUUCAAGAUUUGUAGAACUUGUGACUUUCAAGGGAGAUGAAGUUAGAACCAUAUAUCCCUCCUCUUUGGAUUUAGGAAGGCUCUCACCGAAGUCUCUUCGCAACGAACAACUAGUUCAAAAGUUGGUGAAACCUCUUGAUAGCAAUUAA